CUUUUUCAACCCGGAAAUGAAGAGUGCUUUCUCGUCGAGUUGACGAUCUGUCGAUUUCGCGCAGAACAAUGGCUUCCGUCGUAGGAGACCGGCUCCCGUCAGAAGGAGGUUCCGCAGCAGAUCCUCAAACUCCAGUCCUGAGGAUCAACCAGUUGGAUGCCUUUGAGCUGGACUCGGCUCUGGACCAGCUGGUGUGGAACCAGCUCUCCCGGUGCUUCCGACACCUCCGGCCGGGCCUUCUGACCCCGGUGGAGCCGGAGGUGAAGGCCCUGCUGCAGCUCCUGGUCUGGAGGUUCACCGUGUACCCCGGCAGCGCCACGGUGGGUCAGUCCAUGAUGAACCUCCGCUACCACGACACCCGGUCCCUCUCCCGGCGCUACAGGGCCCCGAGCCGGAGACAGACGCUGGGCCUGGCCCUGCUGGCCGUGGGACCCCGCUGGCUGACGGAGCGAUCCCACGGCCUGCUCCUCGCCCUGGGUUUGGGCGUGGGCGGUGGCCAGCCGGCUGACGGUGGUCUGUGGCCGGCGCUGCGACGAGCUCUCUCCAUUGUCACCGGCCUCACCCAGGUAGCCAAUCUGAUCAACUUCCUGGUGUUUCUGAGGCAGGGGCGCCACCCCACUCUGACGGAGAGGAUCCUCGGUGUGCGUGCUGUGUUCAGUAGGCCCCAGGAGGUGCGCCAAGUGGCCUUCCAGUACAUGAACCGAGAGCUACUCUGGCACGGCUUUGCCGAGUUCCUCAUCUUCCUCCUCCCGCUGGUCAGCGUGCGCAAGAUCAAGACGAGCGUGUAUUCGCUGCUUUUGCCCCUGGGCCUGGCCGAGGAGGGGGCGGGGGGAGCGGGGGGGGGCGGGGCGUUGAAGGAGUGUGUUCUGUGCGGGGAGUGGCCUACCAUGCCCCACUCGGUAGGCUGCGGUCACGUGUUCUGUUACUACUGCAUCAAGAGCCACUCCAUCGCCGACGCCUACCUGACCUGUCCCAAGUGUGGCGCUGAGGUCAGCGAGUUGGAGCCCGUAAAACUGCAGCUUGAGAUGACGGACUUGAGCGCCACAUGACGUCCCAACUGGUCGCAGGAACCCGCGCGCACGCAGGAACCCGCGCGCACGAUGUGUAUUUAUCACGCGAUGGGAGAUUUAGUGACGGUGAACGGAAUGCACUGUGUACAGACUUGAACAUUUGCACACACUCACACGGAGUCUCGGAGGGCCUCUUGAAUUGAGCAAGGUUUCUUUACUUGAGAUUCUCUGGGUGAUGAUGGAUGAUGCUCAGGAAAGGGCUGAUGAUGACAGAGAUUCCGCCUGUCGGGUGAAAACACACAGGCUGUGUAAUGUAUGUGAACACACACUGACCGUCCCGCGCUCGUGGCCCCUCCAUUCCAGCUGUUGGGCGGCCCUGUUUGUUCGUCCCGCACUGAGUGACUGUGGAGAAACACUGAGCAUAUAUUUGAUGAAGCAGCGUGUUGAUUCUGCCCUAAAUUGUGCCGCUCCAUUCUGUUCAAAUGGGAAUAUUUGUUCUGAUGAAAAAUGCAGAAACUUGACUGGCUGAUAAAUAAUGGAUGAAUUUCUAAUGUCGCUCAUCACCGCUACUGAAAUUAAGGCCUGUUUGUAUCUUUGCCUAAAUUCUGAUUCUACAUCAUUAAAAUGGAAUCUGUUGAUUGGUUCCCAAAUAUUGCCACCA